CGAAGAAAGAGAUACAUGCGAGACAAGCAGUGCGCAGAGUGCGCUAUAAAAUUGCAGAGUACAGAUGUUUUCCUCAGCAGAAACGUUUGUAUAAUAAUCGAGGUUAUAGUUGGCGUAAAUUGUGCUUGAACAAAUUUUUUAUUUAUAUUCUAUUUAAGAAAUUACCUACCAUGGCUGCGACAAUGCCAAUAAAUCCCAAACCAUUCCUCAAUGGUUUAACUGGGAAACCAGUCAUGGUGAAAUUAAAAUGGGGCCAUGAAUACAAAGGUUAUCUGGUUUCUGUAGACGGUUAUAUGAAUUUACAGCUGGCUAAUACUGAAGAACACAUUGAUGGCAACUGUACAGGAAAUCUCGGUGAAAUUCUAAUUAGGUGUAACAAUGUCAUGUAUAUAAGAGGGGUAGAGGAAUCCGAUGAAGAGGGUGAAAUGAAGGACUAAAUAAAAUAUAUUAAGCUUAA